CAAAAUAUUACCAUUUAAACAUUAAUCUAUAUAAAUUUAUUAAUGAGGUUCUUUUUUAAUAUUGUCUUCAAGUAUAUAUUUUAUACUUAGAGCACAUCUCAAUUUGGGCUAGCCACAUUUCAGGUAGCUAAUAGCCACAUAUUGGACAGCACAGCUCUGUAUUGUAGUGGUUCCAGACUAUUUUUAAAAAAUCUGUUGAUAAUAACCAAACCUAUAGCUUAAUUUAUCUUUCUCCAAAUCUUGUAUUUGGAUAGUAUAGUGUAGUACAAUGAUUAAGAAAUAUAGGCUCUGGAGUUGUAUUCCCUGUGUUUGCAUCCUAGUAUCAUGACUUUUCAGUUUGGAUAAAUUACCUAACUUCUCUGUACUUCUGUUUCUUCAUCUGUAAAAUGGAGACAGGUUAUUUGAGAAUUAAUUGUGUUAAUAUACUUAAAACACUUAGAACAGUGCCUGCCAUGUAAAAGUUGUUCAGUAAAUGUUAGCAAUUAUUAUUAUUUAGACAGGUUGUUAGUAGGUUUGAACUUUAUGCUUUUGUCAAUAUACCCUUUUCCAGUGAGAAUACUGGUAAGCGAUAAAAAGAUCAUAGGGCACAUUAGAGGAAAAGAUAGUAAGGACUUGAACAAUCUGUAUUCUAGAGCCGUAGACUCACAGAGUUUUAGAAUCACAGGGUAGCAUUUAGCCUAAUCUGCCUUUUUAAAUAUGAAGAGCCCAAAAGACAUUUGCUUCCUUCUUGUAUUCUAAGGAAUCUUUUGACUAUGUUGUAAAUGAAUACAAAAAAUAAGUUUUAGUACAUUUUAAAAAUCUCUAUCAUUCUAGAUGAUGUUGAAGCUACUCUUUGUUGGUCUCUACAAUCUCUUUUACUUUUCCUGUUAGCCAGAUCACUGUCUCAGAGUUGCUCAUUCUACUAGUGGCCUUCCUUGUCUCUGCAGAGUGGCCUUUCUUCCAUACUAUGUGCCCCAUUACAAUAAGCAGCAUCAGUGGCAGAGAAUAGUCUCUUACUCUGUUUUCAACCUCUGAAGGAAUCAUGGAAACACUUCACAGAACUGUAACACUUAAAAAUGGUAUAGUACAGAUGUUAGAUAUUGGCUACAGAAUGGUCUGAACGUGUUGUAGCCUCGUUUCUGCGUGGUACUGUCUCUUCGUGUCCAUGCUACUUCCCUUGGCUGACUACAUGUGUGCAUCCUCCCUGACUGGCGGUGCAUAUGAUAAGUUGCUGUUAGGUGCCCCCACAUUUCUCUGACUUGUUGACUUCCAAUCCUGGUCUCCAAUUCUUCUACAGAGCAGUCCUGGGAGGAGCGAUAAAGGUUUUGAGAGUAUUUUAGAAGGGCUUUAUGGACCACGGCUACGAAGAGACCUCAGUUUAUUCGAAGACUGUGAACCAGAAGAGCUGACUGACUGGUCUAUGGAUGAAAAAUGUUCAUUUUGUAAUCUACAGAGAGAAGCAGUCAGUGAUUGUAUACCAUCUCUUGAUUCUUCACAGUCAACACCAACGGAGGAACUAUCAUCUCAGGGCCAGUCCAACACUGAUAAGAUUGAAUGCCAAGCAGAAAAUUACCUAAAUGCACUCUUUCGAAAGAAAGAUCUUCCUCAGAACUGUGAUCCUAACAUUCCCCUAGUUGCUCAGGAAUUAAUGAAAAAGAUGAUACGUCAGUUUGCAAUUGAGUACAUUUCAAAAAGUGGUAAAAUUCAAGAGAAUAGAAAUGGUUCAAUUGGAACAAGUCUAAUUUGUAAAAGUAUCCAAAUGAAUCAAGCAGAAAACUCCCUUCAAGAAGAACAGGAAGGCCCCUUAGACCUCACUGUGAAUCGAAUGCAAGAACAAAGUACUCAGCAAGGGGAUGGAGUGUUAGAUCUCUCUACAAAGAAAACCAGCAUAAAAUCUGAAGAGUCAUCCAUAUGUGAUCCUUCUUCUGAAAAUUCAGUGGCUGGUUCAACUGUUGAUGCAAAAUCAGAGGAAGCUACUAAAAUGGAAAAAGGAAAAUCAGCAUUAAGCAAAGUUUUGGAAUCUUUGUGCAUACAUCACCAGCAACAAAUUUUGGCUAUGUUGAAAUUUCUAGUCCAAGACCAAACUGUUGCUUGUCUUUGCUGUUGUAACACAUCAUAUGCUGUGUCUUCAGAAUCUCAAAAUGCCCUAAUUGAAGAUGACUUACAUGGUCUUUUCUGUAGUUGUGGUGAAUAUAGGCUGGCAGAAAGAGGGUGUUUACAAAAUGAAAGACAAAGGCCUGGUAGAGCACCUUUGCCAGUCUGUAUUAAAGAUUUAGGUUGUUUAUCUUGCCAAACUGUAACUAUUGAACACAUUAAGACAGUAAUGAAUAGAGGAAUUGCAAGCAGUUAUAAUUCUCACAGGUUUAGUUCCGGACCAUUACCAAACAUGCAUGCUUCAAAAUCAGCCUUUCAUAUUCCUCUUUUGUCAAAGGAAGUAUGUGAUCUUUCAGUCAAUCUUAAAGAUACUUGUAGAUCUCGAAGCCCCUCACCCCCACUAUUGUCACCUGUACAGACUGAAGGAUUUGAAAAGUUGAAAGAUGUCAUCUCAGAAUUUUCAGCCUUAGAAAAUAACAAACUUGAAACAAUCAGUAACCAGCCUCCAUCUCUCAUACCAGCAGAAGUCAGCAGUGACAAGGUUAAUCAUCAAGGUAAAAUACAUAAAAUUGAAAGAUCCAGUAACUCUGAGUCUUUGCUUUCAGAAGACAGCAAUAAUUGUACUACAAAUCAUGAAAAAGGUGAAAAUACUGUAAUUUUUCAAGAUUUAAUGAAUCGUAUUAAUGAAAAAUUAAAAUCAAUAGAAACUACAGAUAUGACAAACUUUGUAAAAUUAUGUAGCAGUGAUUGUAAUGCAGAUAAUGACAUAAAAUUGGGAGAUUUAAUUACCUCUCUCUUGCACAAUGCAAAGGCCAGUGAUUACAGUUUUAUGGAAUUACUGAGGCAACAUGAUAAAAGAGUAGAAAAUAAAAUUAUUCAGACACGAUUUCGAAAGCGUCAAGAAACCUUAUUUGCAAUGCACAAUUCUCCCGAUUCACCCAUGUUUAGAAGGCAGUCUUUACAGAUAAAAAGAGAGCUUGCUAGUCUUGAUGAGAAUUUUAUAAGAAAGAAAUAUACUGAUAAAAAUUCAAGGAAAUUGGUGCGUGAUGGUGAGAUAUUUUCAACACAUCAAGAAGAAAUCUGUCAUUGUCAAGGGACUUCUUUACAAAAUUCUGAAAGUCUUCAAGAUAAAAAUCAUGUAGAAACAUCAUUUUCACCAGAUUAUCCAUUACAGUCAUUGCAACUACCUCUUCAUAAUUUAGAAACUAACAUGACUUUUGACACAUUUUCAGAGAGCUUUAAAACAACCUCACCUGAGAAAGUAAGCUUAAGAAAAUCACAGGAGAAAUCUGCAGCUGGGAAAAAAUUUUUGCAAAAUCGUAGGGAGAAUCCAAAAUUAAAGAACACUCAAACUUCUUUGGAAAGUGAUGUUCCUGGACUUCUGAACAGAACUAAAAGAAACAUUGUGCCUCCAGGGUGGUAUUCUAUAUAUGUAACAAAUAAUUAUGUAUUUAAAAAAUCCCCUAAGGCCAAAGAAGUAUCAGAAGCCACGUACAAAAAAGAUCCAGUGAAAAAUACUCAAUUUGAAAGCUCACACACUGUUGACCUAAACAAAAUUGCAAUGAAAUCUAAUUUACAAGUUGUUGUUGAGCGUUUGGAAGAUACAAUAAAUAUGGCCAAAAAGUCUUGGAAUAAUCAGCCAUUAUCAGAAGGAUAUAAAACAUCCAAGAAAUUGAUAGAGGAUGCCCAUGGUAAAGUCCAGGAUGCUGGUAGAACUACAACUCUUAGCAUGAGUAGAAUUACAUGCGAUGAACAGAGUUUAUCAAAGUCUGUUGUAGCAUCCAGCAAUAUUAUCAAAAGCAUUCGCAGUCCUUCAAUGGAGUUGAAUAAUAAAAGACUUGGUAAUCUGAAAAAGUCAUCUACUUUAGAUACGGGUAGCUUGAUUUCCAGUAUUGAAAAUAUACCAACAAAAUAUGAAGGCAUUGAAAGCUCUUCUUUUUCCAAUUAUUCUAGUCCUAUAAAACUCAUGUUUCUAUCUGAGGUUAAAAGCAGUGAAGGAAUCAAAUAUACUUUAACAUCAGUAAGUACUUCUGAAACAAAUAUUGAUCUUCCUUCUGAAAAAUGUCUAACCCGUCAUGUAAUAGGAAAAAGAACUGAAAUAAAUGAGGAUAUCCUGUGUGCUAACUGUGAAAAUCAUGGUUCUAGUCAUAAUGACAUCAGCACUCAUCAAAGAGAACUAAACAAAUUCAAUUGUGUAAAAGAAACUACGGAAUCCUCUGCAGUGUGUAUAGCUGAUAUGAAUAGUGAUAAGCCACAAAAAGAACCUAAGGAAAAUUCAAGCAGUGUUACGGAUUCAUCUUUCAAAAGAAAACCAGGUAGACCUAAGAAAAUAGGUCCCCAAGUUGUGAAACAGAUUAAGAGGCCAAUUGGAAGACCACCAAAACCUAAAGCUGAUCAAACAGACAUCACUAUUUCCCAAAAUGAAUCCUUUAGCACUGAAGAGAAAAGCCCAGAAUCUCUCAUAUCAGGAGUAAAAGAAGGUAUUUAUAAAAAGAGUAUUACAGUAACUGUUAUUUAUGGAAGGUCAAGAAGAACUAAAAGAUAUGUUUCUGAAGGAAGUAUAAAUAUAAACGAUGUUACAGCUUCAAACAAUGUUGCUGACUUUUCAAGUGAAUAUAAUAGUCUGAGGCAUAUUAGAGAACACAGAAUUGACUCCAGGGAGAGAAUAAGUACUGUACCAAGUUUGACUACUGAAAGUGAGGUCUUGGAGUCUGGCUAUGAAUAUGUUAGACCUACUAAGAACAAAUCUGUGAUACCUCACCCACCCAGGAACAUUAUUCGACCAAAUCAGAAGCCUUUGGCAAUAAUUAGGAAGCCUGGUAGACCUGCAAAAGUGAAAAUCUCUGGCAUAUCUGUAACUAUUAAUAGAAUCUCACCUCAGGAAAGAGAAGUAAGUAUUAGCAGCUGUUUACCUCCUUUAGAACAGGAGAAUGUGUUAGAAAAAAAUCUGUCUGAAGAAAAGUAUGAUCACCAAUGCAAUAAAAUAGAUAAAACAAGGCACAUUGAAGCCAAUAUAUUUAAGAAUGGAUCAAAAAGUAUGGUUGCUACUAUACCUUUGAGACAUUCUAUUAGGGAUAGAAAACCAUCUCUGCAUUUCUUUCAUUCCUUAGCUUCUUCCAACUCACUUAUUUUUAGAAAUGGUCUGUUCCGUAAGUCAUAUAAUAUUCAUGUGCAGAAAGAUAAAGAUCAGAAGGAAAAACAUAGGCAGUCAAGGAUAAAAAUAGCCUCCAAAAGGAUAAAAAUAGCUUCCAACGGUGCCUCAGGAGCUAGAAAUUUGAGGCAUGCAAAAAAAUGUUUGGAAGAUAAAUUGGUAUCUAUUACUGAAGUAUCUUUGGACCCUAUAAUUUCAUCAAACCCUUUGCUCAGGUGGUGGGCAUCUUCUACUUCAAAUGAUUCCUUAUUAGAGGACUUAAACAAUAGAUUUGAGCAAAUAACAAAUGCUUGGGUGCAAGUGAGUGGAGAUGAAGCUGAAAAUUGUGCUCAGAAAAAAAGAGAACACACUGAUAAUUUCAAAAUAGCAAACCCUUUGGAAACCUGUCUUUUAGAACUUGAAGUUUCACCUGUAAAAAUGCUUUUUCGGAAAAAGUAUGAUUUGAAUGAACUCUGUACCUGGUUUAUGCAAACGACAGAAACGCAGUCUCUUUCGUUAGUUAGAAAAGCAAAUGCUCGAAACCCUUUGGAAGUAAUAAAUACCAGAGGAAUUAAAUUAGGGGCCAAAUAUUCUGAUUUUAAUAUGAGCCCCUUCAAAAAGCACUUUAAAAAAUUUGCACUAUCCUCUCCUUCAAAAUCAGCAGGGAAAUUGCAUGUACUGCAUAAAAUUCCAGUCUUAAAUGUGAAAAGUAAUUUAACACUAGCCAGACUGAAAAGGGCUGAGUUUAAGAGGUUGCAACAUGAAAGAUGGAGGAGAGAGAGAAAGCUGCAUAACCAUGGAACAGUUGCUUGGAACUCUAAAAGGAGAAACUUAAGAUUUUUCUGCCAGAAUCAAUUUUUAAACAAAACUGAGAGGGGAACGAAUGCUGAAGUCCCACUCCAGGGUAAAUGCUCGUUAGGUAGUCAGUUUAUUUUGCCAUCUGAGAUCAGGGAUGACUUUCUGCAACAGAGGGUGGCAGUGCCUGACUUGAAAGGACACAUUAGUUUAGACAAUAAAUUUAAGUCAGAGGCGAAGGAGAAUGAAACAAAUUGCAGCCAAAAAGAUGAAAAGGGAUCAAAAUUAGGAAAUGUAUAUCCAAAUAAUUGGAGGUCCAAAACCUUAAAAGAUUGUAGAAUAUUUUUGAGGAAGAUUAACUGUCUUGAACACAGAAAUACUUUUAAGUUAAAUACAAUCAUUUACUCUCCUGAACCUAUUGAUAAGAGAAGUAAUCAUCAGACUCAAAUAGAAGAAUCAAACUGCUAUACCUUAAGAUCCCAUUCUGCUCCACAAAAUUCUCUUAAAAAACAUUCUAAAGAAAUAGAAAAUGCUAAAACAAGUAGUCCUUCAACCAACAAAUUUGCUGGCCAACUGGACAGUAGUAAAUUAAAUAAAUGUGUUAACUACGACAAGAAUCCUCCUGAUAGUUCUGAAGUUCUUAGCAAAUUGAACAAAAGAAAAAGACCGCCAUGGAAGACCACAGAAGUAUCAACGAAAAGAUAUAAACAGCAGUCUUGCAACAAUGGACUAAUGGCAAACUAUUAUUCAAAAUCUCAACUAGGUAAGUUUUUCUCUCCUUAAUUUUAAAGUUUCAUUGUAGGUGCCUUGAGUAAAGUAUAAGAUAGGUAGAAAAGGAGAAGCUGCUUCCAUUUUGAUUUAUUUCCAAGAUAUUUGGACAAGCUAAUUCUGGGCACCUAGUAUGAAACUGAAGAAAAUAGGUGCUGCCAAAUAUACCAGUGUACUUCCCUACAUCUUAAUAUGUCCAGGAUUUCAAGCAAAUUAAAAUAUGUUUAGUAGAGACAAAGUUUCUAAACAUAUAUCAUUAAUGUAAAAGUUACAUUAAUUUACCUUUGAUAGAUCUAAUGUAAAAUAUAAACAACUGUUUGACUUUGACAGAUAAAAUAUGCCCAGGUAACUAACUAAAAAUUAAAUAAUAGACUGCAGGCUAAGAUACAUUUAUUCUCUUGAUAAUUUAAUAAAUAGCAAUGAGAUCAUGUUGAAAGAAGAUAAGAUUAUCUCAUUAUCAAAUUGAUAAUGGCUAUCUCAUAUAAUAUCCUAGGAUAUCAGCGUUAUGUUCACCAUUAAAUUGUUAUGGCCCUUGGUAUUGCUUCUGGGACCACUUUAAGACAAGUUAUUUGAAGUGUUGUAGGAACAAUGUAUUUUUCUCAAUAAAUCAGCAAACUUGAGUAGUUUUUGUUCAUGUCAAACACUUAACUAGUUUCCCCAGAUGAGAAGUCCUUUCCAUCAGUCUAUGGCCUAGCAAGGGAGAAAACCUCAUCUAUGGUAAUGCUAAAUUUAGAAUGGAAACCGAAGUUACCUUAGGAGGUAACUAUUUGCUUUAUUGAGCUGACGUUCGUGCUGUAGGGUACUGUCACCUUUAGAACCUAGCAGAAAUAGGGUAUGAACACCAUGGUUGCCAACUCAGUGAAAUGUGCUGGACAACCCAGAAUAUUUAGGAGGCUGGUAGUGCUUACUGAUUGCUUCCCUAACAUGGUAGAGUACCAAGUUACAUUUGGAAAUUUAAGAACAGUUUAUAUAUUGCUACAUGGUACAUUUUAGGGGAGUUUUUUGGGGGUUAAGGAUAUAUAAGUGGUUUUAUUUCUAACUUUUUCUUCUGUUUUUUAAAGGCUAAAAUCAGUAGUAUUGUUCUUAUAUUAAAAGCAGUAAACUCUAGAGUUUUGAUAGUUUAGAUUAUCAUAAGCUCCAAAAGUUGAUUAUUUAACUGAAUAAUUUAAAAAUACCAUUUCAGUAAUAUCUAGCAUACAAUGAUUAAAAUUUUAAAGGUGAUCAAAGUAGAGUCUCCAUUAUUGAACAAUAAAUCAAAACUAAAGAGAAUGUUCUUCAUCUCUUGCCCUUAUAACAUUAUAAUAACAUUUUAAAUAACAUUAUAAUAAAUACUUUGUCAGGAGUAAAAGGGGGGGGAAUCGAAUAGUGAUUUUAAAAACAACAGCAACAAAAAAGCAACUUAUUAUUCACCUAAGAAUAUGCACACAUAUUUUUAAAAGACUGUCAUGAAUGGAGAAUAAAGUGUAAAGUUUCAUUUUUAAAUCUCUAUACCAUCCUCAUUUCAUGCUGUUUCAGUUUACCAAAGGUACUUUACAUUAUUCAUUUUACAACAGAACCGUAUUUUAUCUUUCCAGCUUCUUAACCAAUUUUAUCUUCCUACAGAAUAAGUGUAAAAUUUAUAAUAUGAUUCUUCACCCCACUAAAUAUGAAAAGAUGGAAGAUGCCUUAUUAUUGCUUUUUCAAAAUUUUUCAGAUUUUAGU